AUGGGUAAAACCACGUACUGUCAGAAGCUAGCGUAUGAUUGGGCAACUAAGCAGAAGGAGUUCGACCCCUCUUUUCCAGACAUCGACGUGCUAUUACUUCUCAAAUGUCAUGAAGUGAAAUCAAGCAUCUGGAAAGCUAUUGAUGAUCAAAUUCUUCCUGCAGAAAUUGACGAUCAAGCUAGAGAAUAUUUCUUCAAAUUCGUUCGUGAAAAUCAGUCGAGAGUUUUGUUAGUACUUGAUGGAUUAGAUGAAAUGGACUCCACUGAAAUGAAAAGAAUCUAUGACUUGGUUGAGGGUAAAGAACUCUCGGGUUGUCACGUUAUACUCACAUCUCGUCAUGAGGUAGGGAGCAAACUAAGGAGGUAUUGUGACACUCUGUGGGAGAUUGUAGGUUUCACCGCAGAAGAUGCAAAUAGUUUUAUUCGUACGUACUUUAAAAGCAUCAACAGGGAGGAGUUACAGGAGAAUUUGCUACAAAAGAUUCGGUGUUCGCAAGAGUUAAGAAACUUGUCAAAAAAUCCCUUGAACGUAACCUUACUUUGUGUUCUUUGUGAAGAUUUAGAGGGCGUUUUUCCAACGAGCAGGACUGAAUUGUACACCGAGAUUGUCUUUUGUGUCUUAAGGCGAUAUGAAAAGAAGCAAGGUUUGUCCAGCAAAAGUGACGACCUUAUGAGCGUCUACAGGGAUGAUCUAAUACAUCUGGGACGAGUGGCGUUACAUUCUCUUCGAAAAGGAGAGCUAUAUUUUGAAGAACACGAAUGUGGAAUUACCUCUAUUGCUUUAUCCAAGUUUGGAUUUCUUUCACUCCAUUCUAGUGGCUGCAAGAGGAAAGCUCUUGUGCGUUAUGCAUUUCUCCACAAAAGCUUUCAAGAGUUCUUUUCUGGAUUUUAUCUUGCUUGCCAAAUUCUUAACGGAGGUAUUGACUGUGUCUCAGUAGUAAAAGACGAGAGAUUUAAAGACGAAUUAAAGCAAGUGUUUUUUUUCAUGAUUGGAAUUUUAGCUUCGACGAGUAACGAGACAGCAGAGUCUGUCAUUAAAAUUAUUGCUGAAAAUAUUAAUUUAAUAGAUCCAGAUUGUAAUGAAGACAUUUGUGUAUUCUUUCGUUUAGCCUUAGGCUGCAUUUUAGAGUGCCCAAGUUUAUCUCGUAUCCUAGGGUCACACCUUCACAUAAGUGAUUUAGAUUUGAGUAGGAACGGCCUUUAUAAUUCUGGUACUGCUUCUCUUUCUUACGUUCUUACUUCCAACGCCUCCUUAACUAGUUUGGAACUGAGAGAGAACAGCAUUGGUCAUUCUGGUGCUGCUUCCCUUUCCCAGGCCCUUGCGACCAACUCCUCCUUAACCAGUUUGGAUUUGAGGGGUAACAGUAUUGGUGACUCCGGUGCUACUUCCCUUUCCCAGGCUCUUGCGAUCAACUCCUCCUUAACUAGUUUGCAUUUGAGAGAGAACAGGAUUGGUCUUUCUGGUGCUGCUUCCCUUUCCAAGGCGCUUGCGGCCAACUCCUCCUUAACCAGUUUGAAUUUGAGAGGUAACAGGAUUGGUGACUCUGGUGCUACUUCCCUUUCCCAGCUGGCUCUUGCGACCAACUCGUCCUUAACUAGUUUGGAUUUGAGUUUGAACAACAUUGGUCAUGCUGGUGUUGCUUCCCUUUCCAAGGCUCUG